CUCAAAAUAGAGCUCGAUUUUACCCUACCAACCUAUUAUUCGUAGAGUGCAAUUUUCCUAAAAAAUCGUAAUUAGAGGGAAUUUUCCACCGAAAAAAAACACACACUAAGAGCUGCGAAGCGGUGAUUUCAGGUGUUUGUGUUUGAAAAUGGCGAGGAGUUUGUGGGCAACUAGAGCUGCUUCGUACCUAAGGAUCAAUGUUCCCUGCAGAGGCUUUGCUACCGUUCUAAAGGAUCUAAAGUAUGCCGAUUCUCAUGAAUGGGUGAGAGUGGAAGGUGAGUCGGCUACCGUAGGUAUUACAGAUCACGCUCAAGACCACCUAGGUGAAGUUGUCUAUGUUGAACUACCCGAGGAGGGGAGUAAGGUAGAGCAAGGUGCAAGUUUCGGUGCUGUUGAAAGUGUCAAAGCUACAAGCGAUGUGAACUCGCCUGUUUCAGGGAAAGUGGUCGAAGUUAACAAAAAGCUCAGUGAUUCUCCUGGUUUGGUCAAUUCGAGCCCUUACGAAGAUGGAUGGAUCAUAAAGGUAGAGCUGGAGGAUGACAGUGACCUCCCCUGUUUAAUGGACCCUGAACGCUAUACCAAGUUCUGUGAAAAAGAAGAUGCUAGUCGCUGAGAAAAAUUAUUGCCACAAUAAUAACUUUCUUAGAAGGAAUUUUGGAUUUCUACAUUUUAUUCCCUCUUUUCAAUUUCCUUGUUUCUUAUGUAUCCACAUUAUUUGGACGAGGGUGAUAAAUGGUUGCAAUUAUUACCCUUUUGUUAUGCAUAAUAUUUCAUGUGUUGUGCCGCAUUUAUAUUA